GUCAUUAGAAGAGGCGGAGACAAUGUUGUGUAAUAGACCUCUUCCUACAGAAGAAAACCCGAUUGUUCACGAUAGUGAUGAUACACCCGUGAAUCUUUUUGUAUCUAUGUUGAUUGAAGGAUCAGCUUCGGCUUUUUACUAA